UACUGCGGCAACAGCUUAUGUCUGCUUCCUGAGUGUUCUUCCAACCUAAGAGAGUUAUAGGGGCAGAAAGGAAGUUUGUGUGUGUUAGUGCAAAGGCAAGGUAGAGUGUGUCGUGUACAUUUGUGAGAAAGAAGGAAAAAGGGAAAGAGAGAGAGAGAGAGAGAGAGAGAGAGAGAGAGUAUGGAAUGCUGUGAUGUCACCAGCUAAGUCAUAACACAAAGGCAAGAAGGACACACAAGCACUCUCUCUCCCACUUAGUAAAGUCUGCCGUGGAGCGUCCGCACCCAGCUCUUGUCGAGUUUAUGGAUGCUGAUCAGUGAUGAGAGCGUGUGUGUGGUGAAGGCACGUCACAGCUGUAGGUUUGAGGACCAGGCUGGGCUUCAUCGUUGUUACCAUAAUCAUCCUCGCUCUUACAGAACUUCAGGAUAUAUAAAGGAACACCACACACACGGCCAUGCUGCAGCAGAUCCUGAAGGACAUGUACAUCGACCCGGAUGUGCUGGAUGCUCUGAACGAUGAGCAAAAGAAGACCCUCUUCAUGAAGAUGCGCGAGGAGCAGGUGCGACGCUGGAAGGAGCGAGAGGAGAAGCUGGAGAGGGAGCCACUCAAAACCAAACCAAACAGAGCUCAUAACAAGAGUGUGAGCUGGCUGCUGGGGCGAGAUGGAGAUGUGCAUGUCAUUGUCAUCGGCGAGGUUGAUGAACUCAAAUCCUCUAAGAUCAUCUAUUCAGGGUUUGGAGAGAGAAAAACACCCAGCGUCCUGAACAAUUCACACAAUGAGUCUGGCACUUUGAAGAGCAACUUGGCAAUUCGAACAUCAGCAGAACCUGUACGAUCAGGGAGAGAAAAUCUUCCGCCCAGACUGCAUUCAGGAGUCCAACUGAACUUAAAGGAGAACAACGACAACGACUUAAGGACUCUGGCGCCUCCACAGGUUCCAGUAAAUGAAGAAAACCCUUCAUUACCUGUAGAAAAUGUAUCCCAUAAUCAGCCUUUAGACUCCAAAGAAGAGGCUGAGUCAGGACUCUCAGAAGAUGGCUCGGCACUCCUGUCGUCAAUUUACUAUCGGCCCCACUUGACAUCUUUCCUACCGACACACUCGGGCCCCAGGAGACCUGCCCAUAUGGACAUCGAGGACAGGACAACCAAUCAGCUGCGUGAUACAUCCAGACUCCAUCCCCAAGACACCCCCAAACCACAGAUCAACAGAGGAAAAGAUUUCCAAGUGGUGCCCGCCUCAAAACGGGCGUUUUCUGUCGACAUGGGGUCUGAAGUAGCUGAGGAGAGCUGUUUGGGACGGGGCCGUGUUGCUCAGCUCAUGAAAACCUUCAGUGUGUCCAGUGAGUCCCCGCCCACCCAAGCUCCACCCAGUGUCAACAAACCUCUAAUACCAGAAAAGCCUAGCCACUUGAGGUUCCGCCCCUCACCCUCCCUCAGGUAAUCGACAAGGGACCAACUCCUGCACUGCAUCCAGGCCUCUUUGGACACUGCAAAACACCCAACCCAGGUGUCCAGUUCAUUGGCUCUAUUGAGAGGUGUAGAUGCAUAACUUCUCUCAGGAACAUGAAUGCUUCUGUUACCAAAGUAAUAUGGUAGGGUAAAUAAUUUUUGCAGUGUUGUUGUUGUUGUUUUUGUUUUUUAUGGUAUGAGUAUGUUUGGUAAGUUGUUCAGCAGGAAAGGAACACCUGCUACAUCAGUCUGUCAAUACAUUCAGUAAUAAUAUUGACCUGGAUGUAUGACUAAAUUGCACUGUCUGACAUGAAAUCAUGAAAUCCUAACCACCAGUAUAAGACUGAUUUACUUCUCUUAAAACAAACAAACAAUGCUAAACCAAAGUUAUUCAUCCUGUUGGUUAAUGUUGUCCAGAUCACUUUUGCUUACUCAAGACAUCUUGAAGGCCAUAGCUUAUAUGAAGGCUGUCACGUUUUAGUGGAAAAAGCCAGAUCUCUGUAUUGUUGGAGGUUGAUGGUCUCAGAUUCCACCGGUGCAGCAAUAACAUGAAUCAGAUUGUCUAUUUUUAUGCAUCCGGUUCUAUAUUCUUUAAUAUUAUAAUGAUUAUAUUUAAAUUGAACAACUUUGGUAAUCAGGUCAUCGGUCGAUGGGGCAGCAGUUACCUUUAAAAAGUUCCUCGUGUAUUUUUUAUUUUUUUUCAAUGUCACAUUUGCUUGCACUUAAUUAUGGAUUUGUAUGUGCUGGAAGAGUUUAUAUACAUGCUCUGUCCUGGCUCAAAGCUUGUAUUUCUCAUCCACACAUUCUGGGUAAGUGUUGGAUAUUGCCUCUUUAAUAAAAUGAUCAAACUCCCUUCAGGUUCCGGAUACA